GUAACGAACCAGUAGUAACUUCAACCCCAUCCCCAUAGACUUGGCGCAGUUCUAUGUCCCCAUGGCUCGCACGAAGCGAACACCUGAAACCUACCGUCUCUGGCGCAUGCGGACGACCUGGACACGAUUCCGCCUGCCGCGCGGGCAGGACUGGCCGAACUGGUCCAAACCCUACCCAGAUGAGCAUCUCGGACCCCUCGCGGGUGUGCCAGGCCGCGAGGAGGUCUGGCUGGGGCGGAAGGUGGAGGAUCCCGAGCAUGCUGCCCUGAUUGUUCUCUGGAGCACGGAAGAAGACCUGCAGAAAUUCCUGCGCUCACCCGCCGCCGCCGAGCUGCUGCGCGACCUGCCCGAGCACGACGCGCAGGACGCUUUCGCGUCCGGCGCCCUGCUCCGGGAUCUAUCUCUCGGCGACGCCACGGCCGAGGCUUCGUCGUCGUCGUUGCCAUCGUCACCCUCGCGAUUCACCACGCUCCAGUGGGAUCCGCCGCACAAGUUCCAGACGCAGCUCGAGGGCCGCAUAACCGUCACCAUCCUCGAGGUCGCGUACACCGGCGGCACCGACCACGACGGCGGCGCUGCGGAAUGGCUCAAGGCCCGGGAUCGCGUGUUCGGCCGGUUCGUGCCCAAGUCCUGCGAGGACCUCCUCGCGGCGUGGCCGCCCAUGAUCAUGAGACGCUGGACGACGUGGGCCGUGGUGGUCGGGCCAGAGACGGCGGCGGACAGCAGCAGUGGCGCGUCGCAGCAGCAAGCCGACGCCGACGAGGCGGGGAGCAAGCGCGGCAGCGGCCGGGCGGUCUGGUGCGAGUUCCGCCGCUGGGCUGGCUACUGCGGCGCGACGCCCAAGCGGGAAGAGGCCGCGGCUGAGGACCCGCUGACGAGGGAGUCGUGGGCGGAGGCUGUGGCGGAAGUGACGCCGCCCGUUACCGCUUGGCAGCAGGAGCGUUGGGACAUUCGAUUGGCACCGCGGAAGAAGGAGAAGGAGGAUGCUGGGAACCCGGGGCCCGAAGAGAGAUUGGAAGAGUCUGGCCAGGGAUCACAGGCGCAGUGAGUGCUUCAGGCGUAUAAUCAAGCGGUAGAUUUCGGUCUCGACGCUCAGCGCAGGGGUUUUGUAAUCAACUGUACAAAGAUGGCUAACUCAACUGAAAAAUACUGCACCAUUAUCUCUCCAAGACUGCCCCUGAGUCGGUUCACUCACUCUCCCCGAGGCAGCGCGCCGUAGGUCGUCUUUUCAUCCUUCCCUUCUCCCUGAUCGACCAAGCCAAAAUCAGAGUUGGUGGUUAUGCCAUUGUCCGCCCUUCAAGGGUGUGUGCGGUGUAGAAGAGUGUGACCAUGCA